AACCCUAGCUCAAUCAUUCACAAAGACCAAAGCAGCCGCCUCGCCUCCACUCCACUUUCCCCAUUCCCACCAGCUCCACCGCCGCGCCCUCAAUUCCGCCUCCGCCUCCGGCGUCCGUCCUUUGGCCUCACCAUGGAGGACGUAGCCGGGAUGAUUUUCUCUGGCCCCGAGUUCAAGAAGAUGGACGAGAACAUGCGAAUGCUGACGGUGGACGUCUUCAAGGCCAUCCCCAGGCCGACCGUCUCCACGGCCGCGCCCCUCGCCAGCGCCGCCGCCGCGGCCGCGCGGGACGGCGUCGACCGCAUCAGCCGCCUCCCCGUCGGGAUCCUCCGCAACAUCGUCUCCCGCCUCCCCGCCAAGGACGCCGCGCGCACCACCGCGCUGGCCAAGCGCUGGCGCCGCGUCUGGCACUCGGUGCCGCUCGUCCUCGUCGACGCGCACCUCCUCUCCGACCGCAGCGUCGUGGGGCGCGGCCGCGGGUCCACCCAGUUCCGCGAGAUGGGCCUCGAGUCCUGGUACGCCGGCCUGUUUCGCAUCCUGGACGCCAUGGGCACCCUCGCAGACAACGUGUCCCACGUCCUCGCCGUGCACCCGGGCCCCUUCGCCUUCGUCUACCUCGCCGGCAACAACAUGUUGUAUCACCCGGACAAGUUGGAGCUCUGGCUCAAACUCCUCGCCGCCAAGGGCGUCUCAAAGAACUCGUCUUUGUGAACCUCGCAUCCAAGUUCGACGACGAGCUGCCCAUACCCGCCGAGCUCUUCAAGUGCACCGCCCUCACCAAGCUCUACAUCGGCACCUGGUGCUUCCCGGACACAAGCACAUCCGACCUCCCGCCUACUGCUGCGUUCCCCUACCUCCGGGAGCUUGGCCUCUGCAACCUCGUCAUCAAGGACGAGGACCUCGCCUUCGUGCUGGACAGAUGCCCCGUCCUGGAGAAGCUCAUGAUCGCCAGAGGCCGGUGGCCAGUGUGCCUCCGCAUCCACAGCCGCAGUCUACGAAGCGUUCAGGUGUGCAUGGCUAUCGUGCCAGAAAUCAAUGUGGUGCGCGCUACACGCCUGGAGAGGCUCUCUUUCUGUGGGAAGCUUGGGGUUGGGGCGACCGUGAUCUCACCAACAUGUCCUCCAAAGUCAAGAUCGGCCAUGCACCCAAGCUGCGCUUCCUGGGAUUCUUGGUGCCUGGAAUGCACCAACUUGAGAUUGGCAACACAGCCAUCAUGGUUAACACCAAGGCAAGUCCAAACACCACUGUCCCAAGCGUUCAGAUGCUGGGAGUUCAAGUGAAACUUGGAACCCACUUUGAAGCCAGGAUGCUGCCUAGUUUCCUCAGAUGCUUUCCUAACAUCGAGACGCUCUAUGUCCAGUCCGAGAAUGAUGACUUCAAGUUCUGGGGACCUAAAACUGGUGGCACAAGCAAAGCCAUCAACCUCAAGUUCUGGAAGGAUGCUGGUCCUAUUGAAUGCAUCCAGAGGCACAUCAAGAAGUUGGUUCUCCGUGAGUUCCGGGGGAGGAAAAGCGAGCUUGUCUUCCUCAAGUACAUUGCCGAGCAUGCGCAAGUUCUGGAGGAGAUGGUGAUUGUGAUGACCCAUGGGCAUUUGCCGUCAGAUAAUUUGGGUGCCAAGCUGAGGAUCUUCAUGGCUUCUGCAAAAUGGGCUAAUGGAUGCUGCAAGAUGAUGGUCUUCAAGAGUCCAUUUGAGCAAGAAGGUACAGCGUGGUGCUACCUAAGAGGAUUUGAUUUUUCUAUUGAGGAUCCUUUUGAUGUCUCAAAAUGCCGCGAAGACAAAUGUGCUGCCCAUUAGUUUUCUGUUUAAGCAUCUAUAACGUACUGCCUUAGACUGUUGGUAAUGUGUUUUCUCUGGUCUGGGAUUUGGGAAGGAUCCUACUUGCUUGGCUUCAGUGACUAUUAAGUGCCCAAGUUAUUUAGCACUAUCAUUUCUCUUGCAGAAGACUAUUGUUAGUUAAAUAGAAAUGCUGUUUCCAGGAUUCAGUUUACAUUGCAGGAGUUUGUCUAAAUGUAUGGCUGAAUAUUGAUGGGAAAGUUUUAUCCAUCGCUUACUAUCUAAGAAUGUUCCUCAAGAAUUGCUCC